AUGCCAGAGUGCAGAAACUAUUGCAGCAAAAACAAGUCAAUACUGUCCAACGUCCUCGGGUAUUUCUUCGCACACCUUUUGAGUAAGGAGGAUGAAGGGAGGAUCCACGAGAAUCCUCUAGAGAAGUGCCUAUGUAGGACAAACGUAAAGGGAAGAUAUAUCGUAGCCAGCGAUAGUUCUCCUGAGAGGAUUGUCACUUCCUUUUCUCAACGAGUGCUGGAUGAUCCUCUGUCGAAGCAUUAUCAAAGCUUAAAUAUUGGAGAAUAUUCUGGGAUAGCUGGUUCAGAAGAUCAUCUUCUUAAAUUUGAGAAUGCUACUCUCUUACAACAAUUUACUGAUGGUGUCAAAUGUCGGAUGUUCCUCACUAUCUUUGGAGGAGCAACUCAAAGGUGGUUUAAGCGGCUGCCUUAUAAUUCUAUUCACUGCUUUAAGGAUUUUCGUAAGGGGCCGAAGGAAUCUAUUCGAGCCUAUAUUAAGAGGUUUAAUCAGGUGGCCAUAGAUGUACCUAUAGCUACCACUGAGAUCUUGCAAGGAAUUUUUGAUGCAAUUUUGAAGGGAGUCAUUGAUUUUGAAUCAGAUCCAUGGCCGUUGAUCUCAGACAGUGCCAAAGAUCUCAUAAGGAACAAGAUAUGUUCUAAACCUUCAGAACUCUUGACAGCCCAUCAAGUACUAUGUCAUCCUUGGAUAUGUGAUCAUGGAGUUGCUCUUGAUCGAGCACUUGAUCUGGCAGUUCUUUCUCACCUCAAACAAUUCUCUACAAUGAAUAAGUUAAAGAAGAUGGCUUUGCGAGUUAUAGCGGAAAGCCUUUCGGAGGAAGAGAUUGCCGGAUUAAGAGAAAUGUUCAAGGCAAUGGACACAGACAACAGUGGGUCAAUUACCUUUGAUGAGCUUAAAGCAGGUUUCAGAAGAUAUGGCUCGACUUUAAAGGAUACAGAGAUUCGUGAUCUUAUGGAAGCAGCAGAUGUGGACAACAGCGGAACCAUCGACUAUGGUGAAUUCAUUGCUGCGACAAUACAUCUUAACAAGCUAGAGCGCGAGGAACACUUGGCGGCGGCUUUUUCAUACUUCGACAAGGAUGGAAGUGGUUAUAUCACAGUUGACGAGCUUCAGCAAGCUUGCAAAGAGCAUAAUAUGACUGAUGCUUUUCUCGAAGACAUCAUUAAAGAAGUGGAUCAGGAUAAUGUGAGUACUAUAUUACAUGAUCUACAUGCAAUUCUAUAGAAAUCUCAUUCCUUAUAAAUUAACAGAAACCAAAAUUAAGUAUUCUUUUGUUCAUCA